AUGGCCACAGCCAUUCAAUGGGUGCUUGACACCCGAAAACUAUGGCCAGAAGCCUCCAAGACCGCGGAGCUUGAGCAUGUGGCCGCGCGUGCCAUGGACUUGCUCCUCCCCGGCGAGCGCGAGGCCGUCCUGCGCUACUUCCACGUCCGCGACGCCAAGCUCGCCCUCGGCUCCGCGCUGCUCAAGCGGCUCGUCAUCGCCCAGCACGUCCCCGGCCUGCCCUGGGCCGCGGCCACCGCCGUGCGCGACGAGCACACCAAGCCCGUCUUCCGCGGCCCGGAUGGCGCCCAGCCGGUGCUCUUCAACGUCUCCCACCAGGCCGGGCUCGUGGUGCUGCUGGCCGCCCGGGCCGGCGCCGCCGGCACGCAGCUCGGCGUCGACGUCGUGUGUCCCGGCGAGCGUCGCGCGCGCGACCUCGAGACCGUCCUUGACGGCCGCGAUGGGUGGGCCAAGUACGUGGACAUGCACGACUCGGUGCUCUCGCCCGUGGAGGCGCGCCGGCUGCGGGAGAUGGAGCCGCGGGACGUGGGUGGUACGGAGGAGGCGGAGGCGGACCGCAGGCUGGCGUACUUUUACGCGCUGUGGUGCCUGCGCGAGGCGUACGUCAAGAUGACGGGCGAGGCGCUGCUGGCGAGCUGGCUGGGCGAGCUGGAGAUGCGCGGCUUCGCGCCGCCGGGGGACGGGGAGACGGAGCUGGAGGUGUUGUUCGGGCCGGCGGGGGGGAAGCGCGUGGCGGACGUGGACCUGCGCAUCGAGUGGUUCCUCGGGAGGCAGUACAUGAUCUCGACGGCGGUGCGGAACCCGGAUCCGGCCGCGCCGCUGCGGUUGGGGCGCUUUGAGCUUCUGGACCUAGAAAAGGUGCUGCGGCAGGCGGAGGAGCUCAAGGCGCUGAGAUAG